GGGGCUGAGCCUCGCCCCCUCCCCAGCACCACCCCCCCCCACCCAGGGUGGGAAACUGAGGCACGGCCCAAGGUCACCCCGCACCGCCGUCCCCGGGGGCCGCUGUCACGGGCGGGGGGGGCUGGGGACAAACGGGACAAAUGGCCGGGGUGACCCGCACCGCCCUGCGGGGCUGGCGACAGCGGGGACGGCAGGGGGACACACGCGGGGUCACCCCGCGCCCCCCCAGAGCCGCGGCUGGGGGUCCCCAAAAGGGGGGAGGGAGGGUCCGCUCUGUGCACAGCGGGGACCCCAAAACAGCCCCGGGGUGCGGGGGGGCCCGGCCGGGCAGGGAAUUAACGGGGUCCCGGCAGCCCCCCCCCUUACCGGGCACAGCCCCCCCAAAACAGCCCCGGGGUGCGGGGGGCACAGGACCCCCCCCCAAUGAGCCUUUGGGGGGUCCCCAGCACGUGGCGGGGGGGUUGUGCCGGACUGAACCAUUCCAGACCGGGGGGGGGGGAUCAGCACCUGCCCCGCCCCCUCCCGGCUCCCCCCGCGCCGCCCCGCCCCCUCCCCUUUAUAGCGCGGGGGGCGAGGGCCGGGCUGCAGCUGGGGCUGGGGGCGACCGCGCUGCCGCCAUGGAGCCGGCCCCGGGGGUCUCAGCCCCCCCGCCGAUGCCCGCGACGCCCCCGCCGAUGCCGGCCAAGGAGGAGGCUCGCCCCCCGCCCGAGGGGGCCAGCUGUGAGCCCGGCGCCGCCGCCGCCGCCCCCCCCGGCUCGCCGUGCCGGCCCCCCCCGGCCGCGGAGCCGCUGCACACCCGCAUCGUGAUGGGCGAGGAGACGCGCUGCCCCCCGCCCGAGCCCCGGGCCGCGCCCCCCGUGCCUUGCCCCUUCCCCGCGCCCCCCAAGGAGCCCCCCCCGGGCCGCCCCCCCGCGCUGGACCCCGAGCUCUUCUUCACGGCGCCCUCGACGCCGGUGCGGGCGGGGGGGGCGCGGCCGCCCCCCGAGGAGGCGACGGACGGGGAGAGCGAGGGGCUGGGCUCGCCCCCCACGUCCCCCUCGGGCUCCUACAUGACGGCCGAGGGCGGCAGCUGGGGCUCCUCGGGCACGGCCAGCACCUCCCCGUCCUGCUCCCCCAACCUGCCGGCCGAGGCCGAAGGCCUGGGCGAGCCCGAGGGGCUGGGGGGGGCCCUGGGGCUGCCCCCCGGCCUGGGGGACCCCCCGGCCUUCCCCCCGCUGUCCCCCGAGGAGGAGGAUGACGAUGAUGAUGAGGAUGAGGACGGUCCCUUCGCGCCGGCGGGCUGUGAGGAGGAUGAGGAUGAUGAUGAUGAGGACGGGCAGACGCCGGAGGAGGAUGAGGAGGAUGAGGACGAGGGCUCGGGGCUGAUCCCCGCGGCGCUGCUCCCGUUCCGCGGCAGUCUCCUCUUCCAGGCCGAGGCCGUGGAGAUCUCGCCGCGGGCCGCCCCCGACGAGGAGGAGGAGGAGGAUGAAGGCAGCACCUCGGCGUCCUUCCUGCGCUCGCUGUCCGAGAGCUCCAUCCCCGAGGGCGGGGACGAGGCCUUCGCCUUCCGCGACGACACCGACGCCUCCUCGGACUCGGCCGCCUACGACGGGGACGAGGACGAGCGGCUCUACGGCAGCGAGCGGCACGCGGGGGACGCGGGGACCCCCCCGGGGGACACGGGGACACCCCCGGGGACCCCCCCGGCCUCCCCCGCGCCGCCCGGCGUGCAGCUGCACCUCCGGGCCGGGUCCCCGUGUCCCCCCCCGGCACCCCCUGGGGGGGACGCGGAGCUGGACGGGGACGCCUUUGUCACCGCCGCGGGGGCGUGGCCCCCGCCCGAGCCCCCCGAGGGGGCGGCGGAAGGUUCUGGAGCAGCGCAGGCACCGUGCCCGGAGUUGGCAGCGCCCAGCCCUGUGCCCCCGGGCCCUGUGCUCUGUGCCAGGGACACCCAGGGCCACCCGCUGGGGGGGACCAACGGGGAGCCCCUGCACGGCCCUGGGGGUGACAGCGACGGUGACAACGAGCUCAGCACCGGGACAGCGGGGAGUGACGGCCACGGCGAGCUGGGGACAGCAGUGACACCCCUGGGUGACAUGGACGCUGCGGCCCAUGAUGUGGUGACACCGGUGACAGCCAGCCUGAUGGACUCUGUGCACGCUGGCCUGGUGGCACCAGUGACACCAACCCCACUGGACGGGAUGGACACUGCAGCCACCAGCCCGGUGACACCCAGCCCGCCUGGCGAGCCGGACACCGUGGGGACACCGGGGACACCAACCCUGCUGGAUGAGCUGGACACCGUGGGGACACCGGGGACACCAACCCCGCUGGAUGAGCUGGACACCGUGGGGACAAUGGGGACACCAACCCCGCUGAAUGAGCCGGACACUGUGGGGACACCGGGGACACCAGCCCUGCUGGAUGAGCCGGACGCUGUGGGGACACCGGGGACACCAACCCUGCCUGAUGAGCCGGACACCGUGGGGACAAUGGGGACACCAACCCCACUGAAUGAGCUGGGCACUGUGGCCACCAACGUGGUGACACUGGGGACACCAGCCCUGCCUGAUGAGCUGGACACCGUGGGGACAAUGGGGACACCAACCCUGCCUGAUGAGCCAGACACUGUGGUGACCGAGGUGGUGGCACCAGGGACACCAACCCCGCUGGAUGCUGCAGAUGUGGUGACAGCCAGCCUGAUGGACAGCACGGCCACCAGCCCGGUGGCACCCAGCCCGUCAGAUGCUGCAGCCCCUGGUGCCGUGGCACCGGUGACACCAAGCCCACCAGGUGAGCCCGACACCGUGGCCACCAGCCUGGUGACACCAGGGACACCAAGCCCACCACAUGAGCCUGACACCGUGGCCACCAGCCUGGUGACACCAAUGACACCAAGCUCCCCAGAUGAGCUGGACACCGUGCCCAUGGACCUGGUGACACCAACCCCACUGGUGACACCGAGCUGCCCAGAUGAGCCCGACACUGUGGCCACCAGCCUGGUGACACUGGGGACACCGAGCCCAUCACAUGAGCUGGAUGUCACGGCCACUGACCCGGUGACACCGGUGACACCCAGCCCGCUGGAGAAGAUGGAAGCUGUGGACGCUGUCCUGGUGACACCAGUGACACCCACCCUGAAGGAUGCUGUGGCCACUGACGUGGUGGCACCAGUGACACCCGCCCUGGUGGCCACUGCGGCCACCAGCCUGGUGACAUCGGUGACACCGCCCCCCCUGGAUGAGAGUAGUGCUGCGGUGACAUCGGUGACACCUGCCCUGACGGACACCACGGACACCGCACGGGUGACAUCGGUGACACCGACCCCCCGGGACGACACGGCCACCGUGACCUGUGCUGCGGUGACCCCCGGCCCCCCGGCCGCUGUCCCCGCCCCGUGUCCCCCUGCCCGGGCCGUGUCCCCCGUGGCGCUGGCAGCCGGGGUGGCCCCGUCCCCCGAGUCCCCAGCUGUCCCCCCGUGUCCCCCGGCGCAGGCGACGCUGUCCCAGCCCCCCGGGGAUGUCCCUGAGGACGCGGCCACCGAGGAUUUGUCCCGCACCGCCGCCAGCUUUGUCACCGUCCCCGAGGGCAGCGCCGGAGGGACCCCCCCGAGCCCCGCCGGGCCCCGCGGGCAGCCCGGGGAGGAGGAGGAGGAGGAGGAUGAGGAGGAAGGCUCUGCGCCCCCCUCGCCGCAGUUCACGGCCUCGGAGCGGGAGGUGUUUGUGGGGACCCCCCCGGCCCCCCCCCGAGCCGCUGCCACCACCCGGUGCCUUUGCGGGGCGCGGGGGUGUCACCGCCCCGCUCCGGGGGGCCCCGGGGCCGCAGCCCCCCCGCCCCGCAGGAGCCCCCCGCCCCCCGGCCGGGCCCCGCGCCCCCCGGCCGCGCCGCAGGGGACGCCGAUGCCAAAGUCCCCCCGAGCCCCCCCCGCGGCCCCCCCCGAGCGGCAGCGGGACGAGGAGGCCGCGGGGGGGGUCGCAGGCAGCCCCCUGCCCGCCGCGGGGGCUCCCCCCGAGCCCCCCUGCCCUGCGCCCCCCAAACUCAGCCAAGUGCCUCCUCCCGCCGCCCCCAGCCCCCCCGGCCAGGAGCGCCCCCCGGGGCUGCCCCUCUCCAGGAAGCACCUCGAAGCCCCCCAGGCCUCCCCGCAGAAGGAGCCGGAGCCCCGGGGCCGGGCGGGGGGCCCGGGGCCCGGGGGGGGCCGGGUGCCCCCCCGGGGGUCUCUGCAGUCGGAGUCGAGCUCGUCCAGCGAGGCUGAGGCCCCCCAGCCCCCCCCGGCCCCCCAGCGCUGCCAGCCCAACCACCGAGGGUCCGGGAACGAUUCCGAGAGCAACGACGAGUCCAUCCCGGAGCUGGAGGAGCCCGAGGGCUCGGAGCUGCCCCCUGCCCAGCCCCAGGUGCCCCUGGGGCCCGGGGAGGAGCCGCUGAGCAAGGCCAAGCAGAGCCGCAGCGAGAAGAAGGCCCGCAAGGCCAUGUCCAAGCUGGGGCUGCGGCAGAUCCACGGCGUCACGCGCAUCACCAUCCGCAAGUCCAAGAACAUCCUGUUCGUCAUCUCCAAGCCCGACGUCUUCAAGAGCCCCGCGUCCGACAUCUACAUCGUCUUUGGGGAGGCCAAGAUCGAGGACCUGUCCCAGCAAGUGCACAAGGCGGCGGCCGAGAAGUUCAAGGUGCCCCUGGAGCACUCGGCGCUGGUGACCGACGCUGCUCCCGCCCUGGCCAUCAAGGAGGAGAGCGAGGAGGAGGAGGAGGUGGAUGAGACGGGGCUGGAGGUGCGGGACAUCGAGCUGGUGAUGGCCCAGGCCAACGUGUCCCGGCCCAAGGCCGUGCGGGCCCUGCGGCACAACAACAACGACAUCGUCAACGCCAUCAUGGAACUGACCAUGUAGCAGCUGGGGGUGUCCUGGCCCCCUGUAGAGAUGCACAGACCCCCCCAGAGCCUUCCUCCUGCCCCCCACCCUCCUCCCGGCCCCUGGACUGCUCAAUAAAGGCCUCCUGCACCCCUUGGAUCGCA